AUGACCCCCCCAAACCCCAUCAAUGAAAUAACCGGCUCCCUCUACCAUUACGCCCCGGGAUACAAAAUCCUACUAUCAACGUUCAUCGCCAUCUCUUGGUACAAUGCCACCGAGCUCCUCAUCCUCAUCUUCUGCACCUUCCGCCGCUACCGCGGCCUCUACUUCUGGAGCCUGCUAGUCUCAUCCUGUCUAGGGGUCACCCCAUACUCACUGGGGUUUCUCUUCAAGUUCUUCUCCACGUACAGCCCAUUCCUCGGCGUAUCGCUACUGACGGUUGGAUGGUGGUGCAUGGUAACAGGGCAGUCGAUGGUGCUGUAUUCGCGGCUGCAUCUGGUCGUCCGGGACGAACGGCUGCUGCGGAAAGUGCUGAUUAUGAUCUGGGUGAAUUUCGUGGUUCUGCAUAUCCCCACCACGGUGCUUACAUAUGGGUCGAAUGCGCAGAAUGUGCGGUCGGGAGAGUUUGUGCGAGGAUAUAAUAUCAUGGAGAAGAUUCAGAUGACUGGGUUCACAGUGCAGGAGUUGAUCAUCUCGGGGAUUUAUAUCUGGGAAACGAUUCGGUUGCUGAAGUUGGGGUGGGAUGAGAAUAAACGGAGGAUUAUGCAUCGGCUUGUUGGGAUUAAUGUUGUCAUGCUGCUUUUGGAUUUGAUUCUUUUGGCGCUGGAGUAUGCGAAUCAGUAUGCAUUGCAGAUCACACUCAAGGGCAUGUUUUAUAGUAUCAAGUUGAAGCUUGAAUUUGCUGUGUUGGGUAAGUUGGUUGAUGUUGUUUGUGGUGAGCGGCUGCCUACGCAGUUGGUUUUUGAGGAGCCGGGGUUGCCGUUGAACCCGGUGGGCACUUCUGUUGCAUCGUCCAGUCAUCUGCUCGAUGCUAGGCCGGUUCAUACCCCGGAGUCGACGGCGCAAACGGUACGGCAGGGUGUGUCGAGUGGCAAGAAUUCGAGCCUGGAGCAGAUUUCUACCUGGGUAGAGAGGCAGCGGCAGAAUGAUUCAUGA